AGUCUAUUUCCCACUUCACCAUCCUUCCCAGAAAAAAGUCACUCAAAAGUCAAAUCUUUUCUCAAUCCUCUCUAGGGUUUUAUUUAUUUGUAAUCCGCAGAAGCAUAUACACACAAAUUCUGUGUCUAUAUAUUCGUAAAGAUUCCGUAAAUUUACAGAUUGAAUCUCGAAAUGAAGGGCGAGGAGUUGACAGAGCAAGAAACUGCGCUUUAUGAUCGUCAAAUUAGGGUUUGGGGGGUUGACGCUCAGCGAAGGCUCAGCAAGUCGCAUAUACUAGUGAGUGGGCUUAGAGGGACUGCAAUUGAGUUCUGCAAGAAUAUUGUUUUAGCGGGUGUGGGAAGUGUGGCGUUGAAUGACGAUAGGCCGGUUACUGAAGAGGCUUUGACGGCUAAUUUUUUGAUUCCUUCGGACGGGGAGAGGGUUGUCGGGAAAUCUGUGGCUGAGAUUUGUUCGGAGUCGUUGAAGGAUUUUAAUCCUAUGGUUCGCGUUUCUGUGGAAAAAGGUGAUAUAUCUUGCCAGAGCGUGGAUUUCUUUGACAAGUUUGAUGUUGUCGUUGUGUGUUGUUACUCCCUUGCAGCAAAGAGAAUGGUCAAUGAAAAGUGUCGCAAGUUAUCAAAGCAUGUUGCGUUUUACACCGUAGAUUGCAGAGACUCAUGUGGUGAAAUAUUUGUUGAUUUGCGGAAUCAUGCCUAUACCAAGAAAAAACUUGAUGAAACGAUGGAGUGCCAAAUACAUUAUCCCAGUUUUGAGGAAUCUAUUUCAGUACCAUGGAGUUCUCUUCCUAAGAGACUUUCGAAGUUGUACUUCGCAAUGAGAGUGAUUGAAAGGUUUGAAGAUGUUGAGAAUCGUCGGCAUGGAGAAACUACAAUUGCGGACCUUGCUGAUGUUCUCAAGUUGAGAACUGAACUAUGUCAAGCGAAUUCGGUGAAUGAAUCACAGGUUCCUGAUUCUCUUUUGGAAAGAUUGAUAGCCGGUCCUAGUGAAUUUCCUCCCGUGUGUGCUAUCAUUGGAGGAAUUCUUGGGCAGGAAGUGAUCAAGGCAAUAUCAGGUAAGGGUGAUCCUAUAAAGAAUUUCUUCUUUUUUGAUGCUGCGGACGGCAAAGGCGUGAUAGAAGACAUAUUAAGCAACCCAUAAUCAGUGAAGAAGCUGGCAGCCAGAAUUUAGGAUUUUAACUUGUGAUUGUUAAUGAAUGAGUAUUAUAGUAUUAGAUGAUGAAUUUUACACCUUGUGGGAUGCCUGAUGCCGCUGAUGAUGAUUUGUAUGAUUUGCAAAGAAUCGCACUGCUCUUCUAACAACUAUAACUUAACAUUAAGAAACUGUUGUAUUAAUUGAUCUGAGAAUACCAGCACUUGGAUUCCUUUGUCA